AAAUUAUUAUGGGCCAGGCCAGGCCAGUCGCCAUGUAGGAUUUUUUGGUGUGGGUGUUUUGUCUUGGUUUGUCAAAUGCUUCAAUGAUUAUUAUUUUCAAGUGGACGUAAAAAAUUGUUCAAAACCUCUUUCAUAUACUUAAUCUGUGUUGUUUUAUCAAACUGGUAAUUACAUUUCUUUGUGAUUGUGAACUAUAUAUGUGCAGUGAAGACAGAUAAUAAAUAGGUGGGGGGUUGCUAAAAUACUACAAUACUAUAGUCACAACGUUUUACAACUGGAGAGGUGUCGUUCGGACGCUCAUAAAAUUCCUCAUCUCUGUGCUAGCAAUUCGGACAUCCAUUUUGUUUUAUUAUGAGGUUUGGUUGUUUACACUGUGCGUCGUGCUCUCGACAAUGGAAAGUGGUGGUGAUGUAAUGUACGGGCGGUGGUAGCCGCGCGGUGAUGCAGCGGCAGGCGGGCGGUGCGUCCUCGGCGCAGAGCCCGCGAGCCGUGUACCGCACGCACGCGUCGCACAUAUACGACAUUGAUGAUCAGAUACCAGCGUCUGUUAUCAGUAGUGUGGGUACAGUGAGCCUGUCACAAUCGACAACAAACCCAACGUCGAACACAACCAUGGCCAGUCGCGGGAAUACGAUCUCUAAUAACAACACACCCCAAACACAAGCACCAGUACGGAACCUUCCCAAGAAGCGUAAAUUUGAUCCGUCUGAACUCGAGGAGAUAGAACGUAAUUGCGUCAACAGUAUCGCUGAGAGGAACAGCCUGAAUAUACCCACAGCUGUCACGAAUUCAAUGGAUUACACGUCAAGCUAUCAGCCAAUAGCUCAGCCAUCCGUAGUACCGAGGUCUUCCCCCCACGAUACGAAACAAUACAUCCAAUACCCUAACAUAGAUCUAUCUGAGUGGCGUGAUCACCGAGUGCUGGCUAAACAUCGCGGGUUAUACCUCCCAGGGGUGAUAAGGCAGGCUGACGGCUGUAAGGUCACAGUGGAAUUGGAUGGACAGGAUAUUGAACCGAUAGAGUACAGUGAUUUGUUCGGUGUCAAUAGAUAUGACGUCAUAAGUGACGCGAGUCCUCAGCUCAGUCAUUUACCGGUGGGGUCCGCCUGCGUGUUCAAGACCACAGACCCCGCCAGAGAUGGAGGGCACAACGUGUUCGUCGAGGGUCAAGUCUUCGAAGUUAAUAAUUCUCCUAUCAGGAUUCGUGUUAAGGUUAUAGAGGGCGACACUUGUAAGGAGGUGGUAGAGGUGAAGCGUGCUGAUAUCCGUCUCCGUCAACCGCCUUGGGCCGACGAGCUGGAGGACGCCGGGUCACACGCACCCGCUGUCCCUCAUAUGAGACAGCAGUGCGUCUCUGUUCCGUACUCUAUGGGUGAUCACUUCGCGACGUCGUCUCCUAUGCCGGGCGCGUCUCACGUGUCUGUGGGGGCGCUGUCUGCUGGGUCGCGUCCCUUCGACGACUACGGCAGCGACGACGACCUGCCUAGCGAGAACAUUAUGUUCCCCACUGACGCCUCGCAUAUGGAUUGUAAUAACAGUAAGAGGAGCAGUCUACAGAGCAGAGGCAGCACAUCCAGUCUGGUCGAGGGUAGCCUGACGCCUCGCUCCCAGCCACCUACACCUAGUUCAUUUUGUAGAUCUCAAGCCGCCACACCUCAUAAGUACAAGAAGGGUGACGUGGUGUCCACUCCCACUGGGAUAAGGAAAAAGUUUAACGGGAAACAGUGGCGAAGGCUGUGCUCCAAGAACGGGUGCGGGAAGGAGAGUCAGAGGCGAGGGUACUGUUCACGACAUCUCUCGCAGGGAGGGGUCAACAGGUCAUCCAACACGCCGCUAACCCAGGGAUCCACACAUACUCCGCAGCAGAGAAGCAGCAGUAAGUCGUUAUCAUCGAACGGUACUGGUGUAGAGGGAGAUGAUACGUCCCGCGAGUCGGACACCACGCCGCCCAACUACCGCGUCACCGGCAGGUUCGACCAGGACGAGACAGAGGCCGCUAAUAUGCUUGUGUCACUCGGUAGUUCUCGUUCAGGCAGUCCGGGCGCGUCUCCAGUGAGCGGGUCGCCGGUGCUCCGCGGUAACGUGUUCGUGCCGAUAUCAUCGCCACAGCCUCCGCUCAAUAAUCCUCCGCACAAGAACUACCAUCACCACCUUAUCAGACCUGAGUCACUACGUCCAGCCAUAGUGAGUCCACCGGUGGGGGGCGUGGCCACUAGUGUCAUAAGAGUCUCCCCCGCCCCCACCCAUCACUAUCAGGUAGAUAAUCGCAACGGACAAAAUAUUCAAUCGAGCCAACCGAAUAUGAUGGGACUACAAACGACGCCAUACAACAUACAGAGCAACAUGCCAUCCAAUCUGAACGCGCCCACGACGAUGCAAUCGUCACUAAACUUCCCUACCAUUAUAAACAAUCUGAAUCAAAAAUUUCAAACGUACGCCAGUUCAGUGCGACCGACCAAAAUAGAGGAUUCGUUACACAACGUGGUUGUCCACCGCAUGCCCAGCAACGGCACGGACUCGGACUACAGGAACAAAGCCUACCGCAGGAACGGUAUACAGGAGCAGUUCAGGCGAGACGCGGAUAUGUCACCGCCUUUGAAUAACUAUGAAAAUUUUCUGAAUAGAAGAGUCUCGGAUUACGAUGAGGAGGACCACUCGGUCCCUCAGCCAGAUAGCGGCCACUUAGAACUGUCCGAGGCUCGCUUGAUAGACGACAAGAGGAUCGUCAAGCCGGCGCCGCUACCUGGCCGGUACAUCUCACUGGUCGACGACACCAAGGACACGCUGCGGAAACUGUACGUCAUACCGCAGAACACCAUCGACAAGAAGAUAGUACUCAUCAAGAACGAACCCACAGACAUACAGAUAGAACACAAGCCGCAGUCGCAGCAGCUGAACAGCAGCGACCAGGACAUGGAGCAUCGCAGCACGGACAACGGGGACACUGGUAAUAAGCUCAACAACAGCGCCGUUAUAGUACAUCCAAGUCAACUACUGCCGGUGUUGCCGCCGCCUUCCUCGGCUAUUAUAGUGUCAUCCAGCGGUGUGCCCAGCGUGUUCUCUUGGCAGUCACUGGUGCCUCUGCUAAGAGCGGCGUCUCCCCCGGCAGUGCCGCACUCGCCACGCACGCCACACACGCCGCACACGCCCCACACGCCGCACACGCCACACACGCCACAUACACCACACACGCCACACGUCAAGACAGAGGAUAUCAAGACUGAGAAUGAUGGUACAACAUCGAUGUGCACGGAUGAGGACGACGAGGUGUUUGAAUGCGAGGACUCCAGCAACACCGACAGCAGCAGACGGACGAACAGCGCGGCCUCCAUGAACACACAGGCCGCGGGGCAGGAGAAGAAGGAGCGUCGCAUCCGCCGCCCGAUGAACGCUUUCAUGAUAUUUUCCAAGCGCCACCGCCAGAUAGUCCACCAGCUGCACCCCAACCAGGACAACAGGACCGUCAGCAAGAUACUGGGAGAGUGGUGGUACUCGCUCAAGCCCGACGAGAAGAAGAAAUACAACGAACUGGCCAGCGAGGUGAAAGAGGCUCACUUCAAAGCGCAUCCGGAGUGGAAGUGGUGUAAUAAGGAUCGCCGUAAGUCAUCGAGCAGCAGAGAUCCUACGGGCUCUACGCCGCAGAGUCCUCGAACUCCAUCCGAGGGGCCAAAUCCCAUGAUGGCCAGUGCGGACAUGUCUGUGAACUCACAGACAUACACACACAUCGGCUCGCCGCAGCUCAGCGACGACGAGCCUAUGCAAAUUAGUCAAACAGUAGAAGAACCGUCGGCGCCGGCGCAGAACAUCGAGAUCGAUCUCAAAUGUGGCGAGAAAGUGACGGACUCGGACUCCGAGGGGAUCGACACGAGAGAGUAUCUCACGCAUCAUGACACGAGGCGGCCAAAACCUAUUAAAGCUAGGGCGGGAUCGUCUGAUAAUCUGUUGGGUAUAACAGCGUCCAGUCCGGGAGGCUUCAAGGUGUUCCAGCCGACGGGAGGAGCGUUUAAAUCAACGCAUGCUGAUAGCGGUGAUAACCAUAGACAAUGGACGGCGUUUACAUCGGUAAAUAAACCGAACAUCAAUCAGGAUCUGAAUUCGCCUCACCCUAACACUCAGAGCCUAACGAACAGCGUCCAGGGUAUAUCGAUAAGCGCUCCGAAUCUAUCGACACAGGCGGCCCUAGACAACGCGAUCGCAUCGAUAAUAAGUCCCACCACUAGUGGUGUGCAAGUUAUAUCCAGUGGGAUAUCGAUGCCGCAUACUAUCUCCCAGUCGCAGGCUCCAACGUCCACCACUACAGCCCUGACGAAUACUUUGUUGAAGAGUGUCACAUUGGUGAAACGAAACAUUGGAGACAAUACUGCGGUUCCAAUAACCCUGUCAGUUGAUACAUCCGGCAACAUAGUUAUAAAGGCGAGUCAAGCGAGCGACUCCCCCGCUACCAGCGACUCUCAGCCUCUACAUUACGUACAACUACAAAGACUAUAUGUGUCAUCGGUCAAUACUGCAGAAUCGGAACCAGCUAAGACACCCGUCCCGAACCCUCAAACCGGUCCAUCUGUUAUAGUGUCACAAAGUAACAACCACAUAUCACCCAGUAACGCAACAAUGGAACCGAUGGAAACCUGGGAUACUCCGAUGUAUGAGGCCCGGCCAUUCCCUCUGGCACCCACACCGGCGCAAUUGGGACGGGCGCCACUACAGAAGAGACUCAGUAGAGGUACGUCAACUGGUUCGACUGGUAGCAACGAGGCUACGAUCCCUCGGUCGGAGAGCGGGCCCACCACGCCGUUGGACGUCGGCGAGGUGGGCGUACACUCACCCAAGAAAGAAAACCUGCCCAGUCCAUCGCUGAAGAAAAGCCUCUUCAAGAAAGGCAACGAGGAUGGAAGGGACAAAGUUCUAGAGACGGUGAACUUCUCAGAGAAGUUCAAUACGUUGCCUCAGUUCAAACCGGAAGCGUGCAGUCCCAGUGCGAUGGCGGUACCGCGCUCACCGCAGCUCUACCUUAGAAAGAAACACCACAAAAUCAGUAUGGAGGAGGAUCAGACGGUGGUGACGCCGCAGAUUGAAAACGAAAUCAUGAAUGGUAACGGUAUGCCGACACCGCACUCAUACGGAACACCUCACUCUACCACCAAGCUAGUUGGUACCACCUUCUUCGGACCUGACUUCAAUCCUGAGAAUUUUAGAGUGCCAUGUUCGGAGGCUUCAGAGGAGAUGUCUCCCCGCACACCCUGUUCGGCUCGCGGCGAGGCUGGUCACCGGCGGGUGUUGGAGCAGAGGCGACAUCUGGUGAUGAAGCUGUUCCACGACCACGGCAUGUUCCCCUCCACACAGGCCACUACACACUUCCAGGCUGCUCAUGCCGACAUCUUCCCCAGCAAGGGCUCCCUGCAGCUGAAGAUCCGUGAAGUCCGUCAGAAACUGAUGGCUCAGUCCAACCUCACACCGCACUCCGAUCUCAACACUCCCACUAAUGUGAACUCUCCUAUAGUAUCGUCAUUGCUACCGACCUCUACAGCCAGUUAGCGUUUCGGAUACACUAUGACCAUCUCAGUGCGACAAUAGUUGAAACAAAACUAACUAACAAUACGCAGAGAAUAGUAAAGUUUGAUAUGUUGAAAGAAACUUAAAUGAGAAUAAUAAUAGUUAGGGUUAACAGCUGUGCGGUGGAAAUAUUGCAGGAUUUAAAGCAAGCUAAAUAACAUAGUGAGAAAUGUUUGGAUAAAUUUCUUAACCACAAAUCACCUACCUCGCACAUCCAGUGGAAACGAAGCCUUAAUUUUAUUGUCAAAUUAAUGAUAACAUAAGAUCCUUCUAUGAUGUUCAUAUCCAAGGUACAAACAGUCUAAUUCUAAAUAACAACGUCCAUAUAAGGUAAUAUUAAACAUAGAUCUCGUGUAUGGAGCGGACUGUAAUAUAUUGAGCGUCUCGAACGCUGAUCGGCUAUAGAAUAAUUGAUAAGAACAGAAAAUCAUAAAAAAAAAAAUAUAUAAAAAAUAUUGAUCGUCUGAGCGAAUGAUUGUCGUGAUUCGAUGUGGAUUGGUUCGAGUUGUAAGUUUAUAUUGAUUUUCGACCUUCGCCCGUUUUAAUAAUAUGUAAUUUCCUUCAAUGCCAACGAAUUGUGGUAUUUAAAAAACAAAAUCCUCUAUUCCUUUGCACAGUUUUAAAUCAUAUCGAGCGUUUGUCAAUUUUCCUCUUGAUCAAAAUAUGUCGUCUUAAUUAUAAUUCUUGAUAUAAAUAGCUGAGUUCAUGCGACGAUUAUUUUAAAAGGCAUUCUAAGUGAUGCCGGGGUUGUUAUGUCUGAAACGUAGUCUCAUAAUCAUUCAGUAUAGCUAGCACAUUACUCAUACGAGCACGAUCUCAAUACAUUUAAUUGUAUGUAAUUUUAUAGUCGAAUUAUAAGAUUCUUUUAAUUAUAUAUGUAUGGACUUCUUCGAGGUUUUGAAUUACUUGAAAUUAUAAUAUAAAUAUAAUUUUUUUUUUUUUGGUUUAAAUAAAUAGAAGUUUUCGACUCUAAUUAACUGCAUUUACGGUACAUAAUGGUAUAACAUUGUUGUUUGUUUUUAAUACGGGGAUUGCAAUACGAAAGAUUUAUCUCUAGAAAGGUCCUAACAAAAUUUAAGCAAUACAUCGUAUGGGUGGUAUAUUAAUAACUGGACUGUGGUGCGUACAUUUAUUAUUAUUUUUAUUAAUAAGUCAUUAAAUUGUAUCUUUUUUUUAAAAUAUAUAUAUAUAUAUCUAUAUUUAUGUUGUGAUGUCGGUCUUCCACGUGUUUUAAACAUUUUUUUUUUUGUCAUUUUUAUAUCAUCUACUUAUUUAAUAUAAUCUAUGUACACUGUACAGUGAUCUUAUUUAGGGCUUGUUAAUUUUGUAUGCCGUUCUCUUGAAUACUAUUUGUAUAACAUAAUAUUAAAUAUUAAUCAUCUGGUCUAUGACUAUGUGUGGAAACUGUUAUAUUUAUAAUUGUUCCCAAUUUUCAUAACACAGCUCAAAACACUUACGAUACUAGUUAAAUCAAUAUUUAUAAAAUAACAAUCUCAUUGUAAAUAUUAGUUAUACGAAUGUAUGUUCUCCUGGCUCUCAAAGUAAUUAGUUGUUUAGAGAAAGGCUAAUACGAAACUGAAAUGUUAUUUAUGAAAACGGAAAUUGUUCACGGCCAACGUGUUUUAUAUGACGAAAUUGUAUUUUUUAAAUGAUCUCUUUGGCGUGUUUGUUAGUUAAUUGCUUUCGGAGUCCGGAAGUUAAAAGAAUUUAUUAAAAAUGAUAAUAAUAUUAGGAUAUAUUUUCGCACCGUUAAAAUAUAUCUCCAUUAGUGUAGACGGUACAAUCAGAUUCCCGUUAAUCUGUGAUUAUGUGAGAAUACAGAAAUUUGUAGUCAAUUUUGAUCGAUUGUUGUUAUUGUACUGAAACAUAACGUACAGUUGUUACCACUUAGACAUAACGCACUUAGAUUUUCAACAUAUAUAUAACAAGAGAAUAUUCAACAUUAGAAUAUGAAAAAAAAUAUAUAAGAAUAACCUUGAAAAUAAUUUUAAAACGUCGAUAUGACGAUUGAUCGAGCGAAAUAUUUUUUUAUACAUCGAACGAACAUUUUAUAAUAUACGAUCUUUUUAAUAAUUGUUAUAAACUGGAAAUGUUAACGCACGAAUCACUUUGUCUAUGGGUAGCUAUUAAAGUUUUUCUUUCGAAUAGUAUAACCUCUUUUUUUGAAAAUAAACCACUAAUACAAUAAAUAUCAUUAUGAAAUGUAUCAUACAUAAAUCAUGCAAUUUAAUAUAAUUCCGCUAGUAUUCAUGUCCACUCGCUUGUUUUAGUUCACUUUAGUUAUUAUUUAAUUUUAAUAGUUAUUUAUCUCACGGGCCUACUAAAGUAAUAAUUUUUCUCAAUAAGAUUAAAUUGAUCAAUAAAUUAAUUAGCUAAAUUACGAAAUAGAUACAAAGUGACAACUUUCAUUAAAAACAUUUGAAAAACAUAUACAGCAGUAGUUUUCUCGCAAUAAUAUUAUUAAUAACGUAGCCUGUCAAAUGUCAAGUAACAAUUUAAAAUGUCCGUUUAUUUUAAGUUCGCUUUGUGUUUGAGUCUGAAUGUCUGUUAGAGCGUUUGUGGAAUAACAAAUAUGAAAAAAAAGAUGAAUGCUGCCUAUUAUUAGUGCCUUAUUGACUUUCAGACCUUAGAUGCGGUGUGUUCUAAAUUACAUUUGAUUAACGCUAGGCUUUGUCAGUCAAUAAACGUGUAAUAGACAGUUUUUUUUUAGACUGAAAUACUUUGUUACAAUGUUGUGUUUUAAGAAUAUUAGCAAUUAUAUCAAAAGGACAUUUUUUUAAUGAAAGCAUUUCAUAUUCGUUAUUUAUUUCUUUCUUUAUAAGGCAUUAGUCUAAUUGUUUAGCCAAAAUGCGUACAUGUAAAUAUAUUGUUUAGACAGGUUUAUUUAGAUUUAAGUGUUCCAUUUUAAUGUAUACAAGUUUGAAUUAGACGAAAUGACCUUCAAUUAAUAACACAGGCCGUAAACAUUUGUAAUAACAUAAGGGAUUUUUUUUUAAUCUUUAUGAAUCCAACUGAUGGACCAAUGGAUAGCAAUUUUUAGGGCAAACAAAUAAUUGUGAAAGGAAACAUUGUGUGCUGAUGUAAGAGAAACAAACCCAUAGGAAUGUGGAUAAGAUCAAGCAUAUUGGAUCAUUGUAAGAAAUUAUGUUAAAAUAUAAAACCACGAAAA